GAGUGUUUCCGGGUCAGCGGUCAGUGCUCGCGGCGCCUGCGCGGCUCCUUCCCGGGCACCGACCUCAGGUUAAGCAGUUAAGCAAGAUAUUCCUGUAGUCAUGAUAUCCAACAAGUUUACUCUGAAGUGUGGGAACUUUGCAGUGUUGGUGGAUCUUCAGAUUUUGCCUCGAGGUGCAAGUCAAGACACCAGCUGGUUUACUGAACACCAUAAGGAGGACGUCUGCGUUCUUCUCAAAGAAGCUGUUAACUUGAAGAUCAAACGGUACCUUGAAACUCGAAAACAGCAUGGUAACCCACAACCCAAACUGAGCAAGGAACUCACACCUAGUAAUCCACUGUGCAUUAAAGGACAACGUUUUCGUCUUGCCGCCUACUUUUUGAAGAGACACACAAUCCUGAGGUGCAUUACGCAACAGCAGUACCGCGAUCUCCGUGUGUUUCCUGAUCGUUUUGUGGUUUGUGUGACUCCGCAUGAAGCUGAGCUCACAAAGGGCAGAGGACAGGAGCCAGUUACCGAGAAGCUUGGAGCUUCCGAAUACUUCACCGGUGAUUCAGGGACGAGAGAGUCUCACAACGUAUCUGUGUCAGCUCAAAAGAAGAAAGAUGUUCUGAAACACAUGGUGACGAAGAUUAGCUCUGAUACAAAGAUCGGAAAGUCAAGCAACUGGGAAGUGAGCGACGACCUGACAAAAGCGGCUGUAACAGGAGCAGGCGGGGAAUGUGAGCAGGAUAUAGCCCAGCCUGCCACACGUUCCAGCCCUGUGCUCCGGCGCAUGAAUGCUGGCAGGACAGCGGAUGGCAGGAACACAGUUCGAAGCCAGUUACUGCUUCCUGUCGUAAAGCUGGAGAGAGAUAUUGGUACGAGAAAGGCAGCUGAGCGGCUCUCCCGACAGCUGAGCAGUGUCUCAAACAGCUCGGUGGGUGUCAGCCAGUCAGCGCCGCGAAUUCCCAAACUGAAUGAAUUCAAGAUGAAGACAAUAAGCGGGCCCUGCUCUCAGAACGGAGCGGGCAAUGCCGAGGCGGUGGCUUCUGCGGAGAUUCCAGGACUUGGGAGCCAGGUUAGAGCCGAGAUGAAUUCUCCAGGAUCUGUGUGUGGAGAGACGCCUGGAAGAGAAAUGCUUUCAAAGCCCAGGUCUGACUGGCAGAGGGAUGUUGUGCGAGCUGGAGCAGGCAGCGGUGAACUCAGCGACAUGGAGGGGGCUGAGAGGAAGCCACCAGCCAUGCAGAAUCUCUGUGAUGACUUCAGCCCCGGUAACAAGCGCAGGAAAGCGGCUUCGGAUGUACAGACCGGGCCGGCCCGGAGGUCAGAAAGAAGAAGUUUGUGUUCUCGAUCAGUUCGUUCGGUCCCUGGAAGAGGACGAAAGACAGCCCUCGAAGGCAAAGAACCAGGAGAGGAGAACGCGCCCAGGAAAUCCAGGCUCCGGAGGCCACGCAAAGCCGCAGGGAAUGAAAACGCCGUCGUGUAACCGUUAGCAAGCGCUGGCUGGAGUUUGCUGGUGACGGGAAGUGAGGCGUUAUUGUGGGAAUGCGUUUCAGCGGGAUUCAGAGUGACUGAGACACACCAGCCCAUUCCAACCUCUGAACUGAACUGAACUGAACGUUCAGGCCACUGCUUGUGGCUUCAGCUUUUAACGGUUAACCAUCUGAAACCUCGCUUUAGUAUUCCUUUCAGGAUUUGUGGCUUGCCAGGCCAUAAAUGACAGAGCGUACAAGAUUUCCGGAAAAUGUUUCUAGGGAGUUAUUUUAUGGUCACUGCUGCUAUAAUUGUGUCCUCCUUCCGCCAAUUCCCGCUUGUAUUUCACAUUAAAGUUUUGAUCUUCUGCUUGUA